CCGCGCUAUUGGGCCGCGCCCACGGGGGCGAGAAUUCUGAUUGGUCGGCGGGGGAGGGGGGCGUGGCCUGGCCUGCGGAUGGCGCGCGGGGUGCGGAGCGAUGAAGCGAGGCAAAAAAAUACACUUCACGGCUGGAGACUGCAGAGCCCUCGCGCGGAGUGCUGAAGGUUUGUCCUCACUGACGCAGCCCUUGAGCCAAAAUCACAGCAGAUUUCGAGACAUCAGCAAGGGUCUCCAGCCCAGCCAGCGGGGAAGGAGGCAUCGGAAAGCCCAGUGGCAGCAGAAGAGCAUCACGGAUUACUUCAAGAUCUCCCAGACACAGCAAGUACGUGGGGACAAGAAUGAAAGAGUGAAGGAAGAGAUGCUGGACCCUGUUUUCCUCGAAGCUGAGGAGUCUUUCAGCAACGUCUCCACUUUGCUGGAGGCUGGUGGAGAUUCAUCCUCCUUUCUGGAGGACGAGGACUUUGUAUCUGCUCCCAGGAAAAGCUCCAGAAAACGGCCUCGGUCCUCCGCAGCUGCAGGCAGACCCAAGAGAGAGCACAAUUUAUGGGGUGAGCUUGAGCAGAAGCCAGGGCUUCGUCCCAAACGUGCCCAAAUCGAGCACGAACUCGACGAUGACGAAGUGGAGCCCAUCCCUGAUGCACACUACGGGCUCCUGGGGACUCGCAGCUGGGAGGUGCCUCGGGGAAGCAUCGAAGAUCUCCCCGCUGAAGUCCUGAGGAGCAUCUUCGCUUUCCUGCCGGUGACUGACCUGUUUCAGAGCGUGAGCCUGGUGUGUCACUGCUGGAGGGAUGUGGUCAGCGAUCCGCUGUUCAUUCCCUGGAAGAAGCUGUACCACCGGUACCUGAUGAAGGAGGACGUGGCCCUGUGCACAGUGGAGCAGAUCUUGCAGGAUUUUGCCAUAACAAAGCAGCACUGGAGGGCUGUUUUGGGGGUGAUCAGGUACGUCUCUGCCAUCCCCACCAACAGGAAGGUGGAUCCCGGCGUGGUUCUCCCACUCCUGAGGAGUCAUCCCCUCUUCUCCAAGGCUGAAGUCUGCAUCGCCAACACGCUGCCAGACUUACAGAGCAGGACGGGGCCUGAACACGUGUGGGCCAUCAUCACAGCGAUGGUGCUUUUCUCUGACGGCGUCCGCGAUAUCCAAAAGCUGAUAGCGUGUCUGCAGAGACCCUGCUCUGCCCUGUCCGUCGUGGAUGUGACCGAGACACUUUACUGCAUAGCCACGCUGCUGUAUGCGAUGAGAGAGAAGGGCAUUGCCAUCACAAACAGGAUCCAUUACAAUGUUUUCUACUGCUUGUAUCUGAUGGAAAAUGCUUCUGUAACUAUGCCACAGAUGAUACAAGAGGAAACAUGGUCUUCACAGCGCAGACAGGACUUCUGGACCAGCAGUUUGUCCGAAGUGAAACUGACUCACGAACAGCAAAGGAUUUUGAAUCACAAAAUUGAGCCUGGUCAAGUGGUGAAAAUCAUGGCAUUUGCAGGUACGGGAAAGACCUCGACUUUGGCCAAGUACGCGGAGAAGUUUGCCGACCUCAACUUCCUCUACGUGUCGUUUAACAAAGCUGUAGUGGAGAGGGGAAAAUCGGUCUUCCCCAGAAACGUGGCGUGCAGGACUUUCCAUUCAUUAGCAUUUGGGAGCGUUGGCAAACACUAUAAAGAAAAAGGCAAGCUGAACGUGUCUAAGCUGACAGCUUAUAACAUGAGCUUCCUCAUCCAGAACCGUGAGGGACAGUCUCUGGUCAUCAGAGGAAAAACAGUCUUGCAGACCCUCGAAAACUUCUUUUCCUCUUCAGAUGAUGAGAUCUGUGAAGAGCACACUCCUAUUUGGUUCACAAGCACCCACGGAGAGAAAAAACUUGUCACCCAACGAGAAAAGGAGAUCAAUGUGGAAGAAGCAAAAGAGAUAUGGCGCAACAUGAAGGACCUGAACGGAGAUGUAGAGAAGAAAUACAAGAUCACUUGUGAUGGUUAUUUGAAACUCUGGCAGCUCAGCAAGCCUCAGCUUUCAGACUAUGAUGCCAUUUUUGUCGAUGAAGCACAGGACUGCACCCCAGCCAUCGUGGAUAUUGUGCUCUCACAGGCGUGCGGGAUAAUCCUCGUAGGAGACCCUCACCAGCAGAUCUACAGCUUCCGAGGUGCCGUCAACACCCUCUACACCGUGCCUCACACCCACAUCUACUACCUGACCCAGAGUUUCAGGUUUGGUCCUGAAAUAGCUUACGUUGGAGCAACCAUUCUGGAUGUCUGCAAGAGCGUCAGGAAUAAGACGUUAGUGGGUGGAAACCAAGAGGGUGAUGUGAGAGGCAGCGUGAAAGGGAAGAUAACAAUCCUAUCACGGAGCAAUUUUAAUGUGUUCGAGGAUGCUGUGAAGCUUACUGGGAGACAGGGGCAGGUUAAAAUACGCGUGAUUGGGGGGCUUGCCAAUUUUGGCCUGGGCAGAAUUUAUGAUAUUUGGAAGCUCAGUCAACCCGCAAAUAAGCGGGAGGAAGCAAACCUUGUCAUAAAUGACCCCUUCAUCAGAAGAUGGGAAGGAACCGGUGGCUUCAUCGGUCUGAGGGACUACGCAACGCACGUGGAUGACAAGGAGCUGCAAGUGAAGAUUGCAAUAGUGGAGAAAUACAAAGAGCGGAUCCCUGAGCUGGUGCGGAAGAUUGAGAGCUGCCACGUGUCACGAGAAGCUGCGGCAGAUUACCUGAUAGGCACCGUCCACAAAGCCAAAGGCCUGGAGUUUGAUACGGUGCUGGUUGCAGACGACUUUGUCAGCGUGCCGCAGGCCGUUCGCGAUGGCAGAAUGAUAAACGCCCUGAUAGGCAUGUAUCCUGAGGAUGAAUGGAACCUGCUCUACGUGGCGGUGACACGUGCAAAGAAAUGUUUGUUAAUGUCAGGGUCCCUGAAGAUGAUUUUGGCAUUGGCUGGGGAGCGUUUCCUUCGAGUGGAGCUGUUGAGCAGGGCUGAGGACGGGGCCGCAGUCACCUGUUCUGUGCCGGAGUGCAGGCAGCCCCUGCAGCCCGGGCUGGCUGUGAAGAAGCUUUCUUUGACUCACAGCGAUGACAGCAGGGAUGCAGGUGGGUACCUUUGCUACUCGUGUGCGUGGAAGCAUUUUGGAACGAUGACAUCUCUGGUCGUCCCAGCACCUCAGGAAUAACAAAUCCCAACGUAAUGAAGCCUUCCAGCUCCGAGAGCCCUUGCUUCACCCCGAAGCCAUUCUGGGUGCAGGACACGGCCGGUUUUCACAUCCAGGCUCCUUCUCAGGUGGAUAUCGGGAGCAGGAUUUUGCACCAGCUCCAGGAGGAACCUUCCAGGAUCUCUGCAAGGAGGUGCAAGACUUUUUCUCAAGCCCCGCCUUGUCCUCCAGGGGCUGGCCAGCAUGGCCUGCAUCAUUGCACAGAAGAAUAUUCACAAUGUCAACUCUGCUGGACAGAACUGCUUUUGGUUUUUUAAUUUGAGCAUUACCAUCCAUUCCUCUGUCACCAGGAAAAUGUGACAAAGCUGCUGGGAUUUUCCUGGCUCUUCCAUCACAUCACGCCUCGGGAAAAUCCUUCUCACCCAGCAGAAGAGGAACGUGAUGCCAAAAAGUACCCAGCGAAAGCUUUUAUUCCUAGAAAAGGAACCUUUUCCUGCAGCCUGCUUUAAUGGGGAAGUUUCACUCUCAGCUCUGGAUCGGUGGGGAAGAAGGAAAUCAGUCAUAGCUGCUCCUAGCUGAAUUAAAGGAAUUCUCCUUACUUGCAGCCAAGAGGUUUCCCUAGAAUUCACGUCUCUUGCCGAAGGGGAGGAGAGGCAGCAUCUGAAGAACUGCUUUGGGUCGAUUCCAGUCUAACGCACGAUCAGAGAGAAGCUGGAGAGCGUUUUAGAUGCUGAGAUAAAAUUUGUUGCACCGACAACAGAAGCCUUAAGGCUUUUUCUCUUCCCUUCGGUUACGAAGUCACCCCGAGUUGGGGUUUCUUCACCCUCUUUUUCUGAGCACCUCUGGGUGCAGAACCUUUCCCUAACCCCACAGCCUGACCCUCCCCUGUCCCAGCUCCGUGCCUCCCCUCGGCCUGCUCCCCACGGUUCCUCACCCAUCCCUCACCCAUCUUCCCCUCCAGACCCUUCCCCAUCCCCGUAGCCCUCCUUUGGACUCUCUCCAAUACUUUUAUGUCCCUCUUUGACUGUGACACCCCAAACUUCACACGGUGCCUGAGGUGAGGCCGCACCAGCACGCAGCAGGGCGGGCGGAUGGCGAUGCCCCGGCUGCUCCCAGAGCCACGAAGACAUCAAAACCAAAACCCACACAAACUGAGACCUCCUGGACACCAGCCUGGAGCCACGAGCCGUGCCCGGGGUCCUCCUGAGCUCCCUUCCAGCCUCGUUUAUUUUCCCCGUGGCACUGGGGAGGAGACGGGGAGCGAAGCGCCGGGACAGGAGGCCUUGCUCUCGGCCACGAGUCCCUACAGCAGAGCGCACAAAUACGAGGAAAAGGGACAAAAAGGAGGAAAGGACAGGAGUUAGGAGACACCUCCUGCUGCCCAGCUGCCUGCUGAAGCCCCCUGUGCCAAACUUUGCCUCCAGAGGACGGCAGUGCCCUUUUGGGGUGAUCAUAGGGCCGUAGAAGGGUUGAGCAGCAAGCCCUGGCUGCAGUGUGGGAUUUCACCCCAAACCCGCUCCCUCUCCCCAUCAUUGUGGAGGCCGAGACACCCGAGUAAUGCGUUUUUUUUCUAUACAAUAUUUACACGUUUUUAUAAAAAGCGAAAGGGGAA